UCGAUCAAAAAGAGUCCCAAAAGACCCAGAAAACCCUUUUUAUUCCCUCAUAUCCACUCGUCGCGCGAACAAGAGAGCGUCUCUCCCGGUCUCCCCUCCCCGACAACCACCAACGCAGGUCGGAGCAGCAGCUUCUUGAAAUCAGCAGCGGAACAUUCCCGCUCCAAUUCUGGGGGCAUGGGCGCCAACGGCCACCCGCCGCCGGCGAGCAUCGCCGCGCAGAACGGGUCCCACUCCGGCGGCGGCGGCGGAGGAGGAGGAGGGGGAGGGGGAGGGGGCGCGAACCCUACCAACAGCGGCACGGCGGCGGCGCUCCGGCACGACCCGGGGCUGGCGCGGGAGUGGUCGCCGGAGGAGCAGGCCACCCUCGACGAGCUGCUCGCCAAGUAUGCAUCUGAUGUGCCUGUCGUUCGUUAUGCAAAGAUAGCCAUGAAAUUGCCAGAGAAAACGGUUCGGGAUGUAGCCCUGCGUUGCAGAUGGAUGAAUAAAAAAGAGAGUGGCAAAAGAAAGAAAGAGGACCACAACUCCUCUAAGAAAAGCAAGGACAAAAAGGAGAAGGUUUCAGACUCGUCAUCCAAACCACCUGUACACAUGGCUGGUAGGCCUAACGUUCCUCCAUACCCUGUUCCAGUUCUUCCCAUGGACGAUGACGAAAUCUCAUCCAAAGCUAUUGGAGGCCCAACAGGAGAAAUCCUUGAGACUAACGCGCAGGUGUUGGGUCAAAUCUCGACAAAUCUUAGCAAUAUGCAGAUACAGGAUAACAUCUCACUGUUGUGCCAAACUCGGGAUAAUAUACUCAGGAUCUUGAAAGAGAUAAAUGAUGCUCCAGAGAUCAUGAAGCAGAUGCCGCCGCUACCCGUGAAGAUAAACGAGGAGCUUGUCAACUCAUUGCUCCCCAGGCCGGCUGUACCUAUGCAGUAGCAAUAGCAAAACAAAUGUAUCCUCUGUAGUCCCAGGAGUUCUUUAGAUAGGCAGCUGAAAUAAAAAAAAAUGGCAGCCCUGGUGCUUGUUCGUUCGUUCUGUAGCUCCAUCCUCUCACCUCCUACUUCCUUCAGCAUGUUCAGUCUGGAUGCUGAUCUACCAGCCGUCCCCAAAUCAGGCGGUUGGAACGUGUACCGAGUUACCAAGGGCUGCUUAUACAGCAGUAUCAGGUUCCGACUCUGGCAUGUUUUGUAAUCUAUAGCUGUUUCCGUAAUGUCAUGGAAUCGGAGUAGCCUUUAGCUUGGAA